AAUGGCCAGAGCCGGCCGCGGGCCGAAGCCCCACCCAGUGCGGAGCGCGCCGCGAGCCGCGCCGCACGCUGAGCCCCUCCGCCCGCCGAGCGUGUCGGCGCCCGGCCAUGUACUCGGGGAACCGCAGCGGCGGCCAGGGGUUCUGGGAGGGCGGCGGGGCCGCGGGCGCUGAGGGGCCGGCGCCGGCGGGGACGCUGAGCCCGGCGCCGCUCUUCAGCCCGGGCACCUACGAACGCCUGGCGCUGCUGCUCGGCUCCAUCGGGCUGCUGGGCGUCGGCAACAACCUGCUGGUGCUCGUCCUCUACUACAAGUUCCCGCGGCUCCGCACCCCCACCCACCUCUUCCUGGUCAACAUCAGCCUCAGCGACCUGCUGGUGUCCCUCUUCGGGGUCACCUUUACCUUCGUGUCCUGCCUGAGGAACGGCUGGGUGUGGGACACCGUGGGCUGCGUGUGGGACGGGUUUAGCAGCAGCCUUUUCGGGAUUGUUUCCAUUGCCACCCUAACUGUGCUGGCCUACGAACGUUACAUUCGUGUGGUCCACGCCAGAGUGAUCAAUUUCUCCUGGGCCUGGAGGGCCAUUACCUACAUCUGGCUCUACUCACUGGCGUGGGCAGGAGCACCUCUCCUGGGCUGGAACAGGUACAUCCUGGACGUACACGGACUAGGCUGCACCGUGGACUGGAAAUCCAAGGAUGCCAACGAUUCCUCCUUUGUGCUUUUCUUAUUUCUUGGCUGCCUGGUGGUGCCUGUGGGCGUGGUAGCCCAUUGCUAUGGCCAUAUUCUGUAUUCCGUUCGAAUGCUUCGUUGUGUUGAAGAUCUUCAGACAAUUCAAGUAAUCAAGAUUUUAAAAUAUGAAAAGAAAUUGGCCAAAAUGUGCUUUUUAAUGAUAUUCACCUUCCUGGUCUGCUGGAUGCCUUCUAUUGUGAUCUGUUUCUUGGUGGUUAACGGUCAGAGACAUCUGGUCACCCCGACAGUGUCUAUUGUAUCGUAUCUCUUUGCUAAAUCGAACACUGUAUACAAUCCAGUUAUUUAUAUCUUCAUGAUCAGAAAGUUUCGAAGAUCCCUCUUGCAGCUCCUAUGUUUCCGACUGCUGAGAUGCCAGCAGCCUGCUAAAGACCUACCAGCAGCUGAGAGUGAAAUGCAGAUCAGACCUAUUGUGAUGUCACAGAAAGACGGGGACAGGCCAAAGAAAAAAGUGACUUUCAACUCUUCUUCCAUCAUUUUUAUCAUCACCAGUGAUGAAUCACUAUCAGUUGACAACAGUGACAAAACCAGUGGGUCCAAGGUUGAUGUAAUCCAAGUUCGUCCUUUAUAGGUAAUGAAAGAUGGGGCCUUGAAUCGGAUGCCACUUGUAGACUUCUAUUAUAAGGAGUAUUCUGGAAUCCCCAUUCUAUCUAUAUAAUAUCAACAGAACAUUCAUGGCCCAACCAGAAAUCUGAAUCGCCCGUAUGCUCUCUGGCCUCAGGAAGCGAUAGAAUAAGAAUAAAUUAUUUUAACUCAACGGGUGCUUUACAUAAUGAAAAACCACUUGUGGCACAAGAUGGGCAUCUGGCACCAUCAUCUUCUAACAUGCUGGAGAUUUUCAUUUCAAAUAUAUUUUUUAAAUGACUAUAUUUUCCAAGGCACAUAAUACAUUUUUCUCAAAAAUACUUCACUGUAAAAAUAACUUUGUCUCAUAUA